AUGGACGACGAUCAAGGUCCCAGCAGUGAAGUCUCCCAAACAACAGAGGUGAAGAAAGUGUGUCGUAAAUCUGAUACCAAGAGAUACAGUGAGAUUCUCCGGGACUUCGAUAACUUUGAACUGUCUCUGAUUUCCAAUGCAGGGGAGGAUCUUCUGGCUGAUAUUGAUUCACCGAGUGUUGAAAGUGCUGAGACCACAGAGCACAUUCAGGAACCGCCAAAUGAAGACUCACAAAAAGAGGAUGAACAAGAAGCAGAUCAAAAUACCCCAGCCCAGGAGGCAGAUCUGGCUCUGUGUGGCUGCGAGGAUGGAGUGGAGACCGCCCUACAAUACGCCAAGAUGUGGUGCCGCUACGCCAAGGACCUCCUCAGCUGGAUGGAGAAGAGGAUCAGUCUGGAGCAAGAAUUUGCAAAGAGCAUCAUAAAGGCAGCAGAAGGAGCAAGAUCCAUAGUCUCACAACAGGAAAUGAUGCCGCUUCAGUACAUCUUCACAAUGGCCUUUGAGCAAGACAUCAAAAAUAGUCUCACAGCAAGAAAGAUGUCUGACUUGAUACAACACCGCUGUUACCAGGCCUUGUAUGCAAAGAAGAAUGAGAUCGACAAGUGGCGGCGGGAGUUCAAAGAGCAGUGGGCACGAGAGCAGCGGAAGAUGAGCGAAACGGUGGUGGCUCUCAAAAAGGCACGACAUCAGUAUUUCCAGCGCUGUGACGAUCUGGAAAAGGCAAAAGCCGUCAGCGCUAAAGCCGCAGACGAAUCCUCUGGCACCAAGACUCUGGACAAGAGGCGGAAGUCGAAGGAUGAAGCUAAAAAUAAAGUGUUGGAGGCGGAGCUUCUGUACCGUCAGUGUGUGCAUGACGCCAGGAUUCAGCAGGACGAGUUGGUCCGAGUCAAAGAGAGGAUCAUUUCACACAUCAGAAAACUCAUAUGUCAAGGAGAUACUGUACUUAAAGAGGCCACUGUGAACAUGUUUUACUACCAGCGGCAGCAGACGGAGCCGGUGCCGCUGGGUUUUCACAACCUGGAGCUGACGUCUCGGUCCCUGGAGCCCGGAGAGCAGUACCUGCUGUACAUCAUCAGGAAACCGCGACAAGAUCAGCCACUGCACAACUUCACCUUCCAGGAGUAUGUCUGUCAAAGCAAAGGGAACAAGCGGACAACCAGUAAUCCCCUCUCAACCGUGAUGGAUCCUGUGGCAGACGAAAGCCUCGGCCGACGUUCUAGCGAAGGAAGGAGAUCAGGAUAUAGUGAUUGUGACAGUUUUGGAGGGAGUAUGGAGUCCCUUUCCAGUCCUGCUCACAAUAACAGGAGAUUACCCAAAACCGCUUCCACUUUAACCGUGUCAUCAGACGAUCUGGAUGAGCGAGACCAGGCAUCCGAAUCAGAGUGCCUCAAUGAUUCACCGUGCAAAUCUCGACCACUUUCUCGAUCUGCCUUGACCCACCGACUCCGAAAAAUGAAGAGCAAAAUGGUCAAAUGCAAACACUGCGAAAACUACAUUGUCGUGAAUGGAGUUGAGUGUGAUGAUUGUGGUUUGGCCUUGCAUAGAAAGUGCACGGAGGUGUGCCAGCUGGACUGUGAACACGCAAAGGGCUCAGUUUUCGGAGUGGAUCUGUCUCUGCUGCAGCACAACAAACCAGAUGAGGUCCCCUUUGUGGUUCAGCGCUGCAUCUCCGAGAUCGAGAGCCGGGCCCUUUGUGUGCAGGGGGUGUACCGUGUGAGUGGAGCCAAGCCUCGCGUUCAGAAGCUCUGUCAGGCCUUUGAGGAGCAGAAGGAGCUGGUGGAUCUGUCCGACGUCUCUCCGCACGACAUAACCUCAAUUCUGAAACACUUCUUUAAAGAGCUUCCAGAGCCUUUACUCACGUUCGAGCUGUACAACGACUUCAUCGACGUGGGGAAAACAAUUCAGCAUCUGAGUGAAAGUCAACAGCCUCCAGACACUAACGAGAUCAUGGACAUCAUCAGCAGCCUACGCACAGUUCUACACAGACUUCCUGCGUACUGCUACAGCACUCUGCAGCACCUCAUGUGUCAUCUGCAAAAAGUUUCAGAGAACAUCGAAAACAAAAUGUGUGCCAGUAACUUGGGUAUUGUCUUUGGGCCUACACUACUGCGCCCCCUAGAGGUCUUAGACACCAUGCUCGCACUGCAGGAGACCAGCUUCCAGGCCCAUCUCAUCGACUUCCUCAUCUCACACCACAAUAAGGUUUUCGGGCUUCAAAACCGCUCCUGCACGCCUCUUCCUCCGGUUCCUAGUGCCCCGCUCCCACAAACUCCACCACGAGCUUCUUGCCCAUUAGACCAAGAGGAUUUUAACUGUACAGAGCAAGAACCCUCAACAAGAGAGCGCCCACAGUCUUUAGAGACUCGCAAAUUCAAGAGAGAUUCAAGCGAGGGUUAUAUUUCUGACAAAUCUUCGUCCAAUGAGGCAGUGGACCAGCUCAGCCCUGAAGUCAAUGACACAGCAGUCCAGGCUUUGAAGAAGGCAGAAAACGCCUCCAACAUCAAUCCAGCGGACUCUGUAUUCACAAGUCACCCACAUUAUCGUUUCACCCGACAACCCGUGAAGUACCACCGCCACCACAACACCGCACCCAGACGCCACAACCCCGCUGCCAAAGCAGAGCCUGCCUCUUCCAGGAGCUGUCCGGGCAGCGCAGACAGCAGCCGCAGCUCGUCUCCGGACCCGUGGACACAGAGACCUCCGAGAUCUCUCAAUUCCAGGCUUUCGCAGCAGGAUAUUUUCGGGGCGGAGGGUAAAACGGACCCCCCGGUGGGCCCUCGAGAGGUGGUGGAAUAUAUGCUGGGGUUGGAUUCAAGAUUCCCUAUGGAGGGGCCAAAACCUGACAGGAGCCAUAGACAGUCUGUUGAUAAAGGGCAUGGCUUUUGUCACUUACCAAAAUCUCCUAUUUCUGUGGAACACAUUGUGACCUCACCUGCCCAAAAGAUCCUCUCUGGACUCAAGCUCAGGCGCAGUCACUCAGGCAAAGAUGAGCAGCUGUUUGUAUGA